AUGGCGUCAAAGGGAUCUAGACACCAGCAGCAGUCGACGGAUGGUUUGGUGAAGAAGGAAGCUCAGGAGCCUGCGGCCGGGGCGAUGAACGAGAUUCCGGAGCUGCGGCGGGGAUAUCCGGUCCCUCGGGGCCGGUAUCUAGCCAGUGACCUCCCGCCUCUGCAUAAGCUGGCAGAUAUAUUCGCUGACAUGGCGUCGAACGCCCUUAAACUGGGAUUUGCGUCUGUCCUCUCUCGGCUCGGCAGUCGACCACUUCGGGUGGCGACGAUGUGCUCAGGAACGGAAGCCCCGCUUCUAGCCCUGGAAUUGAUCCAGACGGGUCUAGGUAUGAACCAGCAACUUCGGAUCUCGCAUGCUUUUAGCUGUGAGAUUGUUCCGCUCAAACAAUCAUACAUUGAGCGGAACUUCCGCCCCCAUCUCUUGUUUCGGGACAUCACCGAACUUGGAGGCGAGAAAGCGCGGACCGCCUAUGGGUCAUCGAAAUUGAUUCCCGGUGAUCUAGACAUUGUAGUUGCAGGAACCGCAUGCGUUGACUUCUCUUCGUUGAACAACCGCAAGAAGACCCUGCAGCAAUGUGGCGAGUCUGGGGCCACGUUCGACGGCCUUUUGCGAUACGCGGAGAGAUAUCGACCCCGAAUGGUGAUCCAGGAGAACGUUCGGAAUGCUCCCUGGGAACAGAUGAAGGGAAAAUGGGAGGAGCUCGGAUACCUGUCGGUUUUAGUCACUGUCGACACGAAGCAGUACUACAUCCCGCAGACACGCGAGCGUGGGUACUUGGUGGUCAUUGACAAGCGCCGCUUGGAAGCAGCGGGCUUGAUUAGAGACUCCAUGGAUCAGAGCGACAUUAACAACGUCGCUCAACGCGUUCGUGAACUUGCUUGCCAAUUCAAACGACAAGCAAGUGCGCCUGUCGGAAUGUUUUUGCUGAAUGACGACGACCGCCGACUCGAGCUCAUCGAGAUGAGAGCCCGCCUAGAUUCCCGAAGCGACACCAGCUGGGAACAAUACCAAGUUCGCCACCAACGGCACCGUGACGAUCUUGAGCUAGGCAACGAAAGGCCAAUCACUCGAUCCCUGCCCGGAAUCAACGUUCUGAAGGCACCGGACUUCUAUUGGCAUCGUUUCUGGAAGACACAGCCGGAGAGAGUAUGGGAGACGGUGGACAUGAACUUCUUGAAGAGACUUGCUCAGUCAUAUGACAUGAACUUCAAAGAGCGUUGGAUCGACCUGUCUCAAGGUGUCGAUCGGGGGAAUGACAGUCUUGCUGGGAGUGGGAUCGCUGGUUGCCUGACGCCAAAGGGUAUACCGUUUGUGACCACUCGUGGGGGCCCCGUAUCUGGCACGGAGGCACUUGCACUGCAAGGUCUUCCCCUUGAUCGCAUGCUGUUAACGAGAGAAACCCAGGCCGAAUUGAUGGAUAUGGCAGGAAACGCAAUGACGAGCACCGUUGUCUGUGCGAUUAUGCUGGCUAGUCUUAUAGCCGUGCAUCCAAUUCUUGGAACCGACGAUGAGGGCUCAACCCAACCCGACGACGACGAGGCCAAGCCCCUUCUCAAUCCAAACGAGGAUUACAGCCUCGCGAGAAGCACCCUCCAAGUAACCGAAUGCCACCUCGUCAACCACGACGUCUUCAAAGCCAAAGCAGCGAGCAGUGUUCUGUGUUGUUCCUGUGAGAGACAGACUGGUGUUCAAGAUAACAUUCACCAAUGCACCCUCUGCGGGCAUACCGCUUGCAAUUUCUGUCGUGGAAAUCCCACGCAUUCAUAUUCACCUCUUCCCCUCUCCCGACAAGAGCCGUCAGAGUUUAUAGCGAACAUAAAGGGACUUGUUCCCAUGAUACUCAUACUGUCUGGUUUAUCUGAAUCGGAAUUCGAGACGUUCAAAUCCCUUUACCCUACCGAUUUCCUUCCCGAUUUUUGGGACGGUUUCAUCGACCGCAUAAAAAUCACUUUGCAAGAUGCUUUUCGAUUCUUAGAGAUCAAGCGUGGAAAAAAAUGGCGAGUUGUUUACAACGGCACACACUCAAGCUUGUGUCUUGACAUCGGUCCGGACUCCAUCCAAUGGCUUUUGUACGCAAAACCACCCGAGUCUGCACCUACGAAGAGCACUAUCAGAGAAGUGCUAGCAAAGCCGAUUGCGAGAAUGACACCAAAUGAAGGAUCGUUGAUCGAUGGGAAAUGGGAAGUGUGUUCACCCGUGAGCACACCGUUUUCACUUCAAAUUUCUGGUCAAAAUAAUCAGGUUCGAUCAUUUGAAGCUCAGUGUGGUCUGAAAGUCGCCAAAUUCGCCGAAGGAAAAGUCUGGACUACCCUUCUUGUUGAAGGAUCAGAUGAGGACCUCACAGUUCUUGAUCUUGAUGUCCGCGGAUUAUAUCAAUACCUUCCUGACUGUGGCACAGCGCUCGGUGCAUUGUACCGAAGACCAGUCACCGCAAAUAAGCCUGCCAUUUUUUUGUUCCUUGACCCAACGAAGACUGGGAAGCCUGAUGAUGAUACUUGCGUGUUCGCCAUUGACCACAGUCGCCUGCCAGGUUACGAAGUGAGAAUAACGAUCGCCGAGUUAACCCCAAAUUGGAGAUCGUUGGACGUGACACCAAUUUCGAAAGAUGUCAAAGCAUUCUGCCGUCGAUGGGUGAAGGCCCCGGAAGCACAAUUGAUUGCCUGUGCUCCUGAGCAGAUGAAAUGCGACACUUUGCAGCAAGGAAUCCAAGUCUCGAUUGCAAACCAGAACUGUCAUAAUGCUUGCAUUACCCUUGCCUCACUAUCAGCACCAGCAGCGAUUUUGAAGCUUCCUAACGUCGAGGCGCACUGGCAAGCUUGGGAUCCUGAGGCCUCUACUAGAGAGUUGAAAGGUCUUGCUUGGUUGUUUUCGAAAAUAGCGGCAUGGUCGGACUUCGAAGAUUGGAACGACAUCAUCUGCCCAGGAGAUCCAAGUUACGAACAUGACGUUGAUGCCAAUUGCAACGUCUGCAAUCCACCUUCCCCCAGUAUAACUUGGGGCCGUGACAAAAAUGACCGAAUCACUCCAUACGAGAACCCACAAGAAGCUGCCAUUUAUGAGCGUGCCGUCAAAUCCCAACCAUCGCCAUUUUUAAUUUUCAGGCGAAUCAACGGAUUCGGAGAUGCAGAGCUGCGCUUCACUCUCAAUAUUCAAGCACUGACCCACCUAGCACACGGGAAGUUGGCUGGCAUCGCGAGCCGCGAGAAAAUCACUUCUCAGUGGCGACUUCUGCCUCAUGCAUACGACAUGGCCAAAGAAGCUAGCAGCAGAUUUAGUUUGAUGAGCAACAGUAACGAUAUUCCGUCACCACAGCCUCCCAACUUCAAAUGUCAUCUGCGUGAUGAGCAGCUUCGGUCCUUGAGUUGGAUGAUUUCACAAGAAGCGGAAACAAUUGAACCUUUCACGGAAGAAGAAGUUGAAGAAUCUGUUCUCCCUUUGAUGCCCUGGCGUGCUGAAGUCAAAGCAACAAUACCCCACAUUGUUCGCGGCGGCGUGCUGGCUGAUGAGGUUGGAUAUGGCAAGACGGCCAUUGUACUCGGCCUCAUCGACUCACAAUACGAAGAAGACUGCAAGAUCCCGCCUGAAAACGAUGGAUUGAUUCCCACCAACGCAACCCUGAUCAUUGUGCCCAGCAACGUGUUCAAACAGUGGGUUUCAGAGAUCGACAAAUUUGUUGGAGCCAAGUAUCAAGUCCUGGCAGUAGAGUCAAUCAAGAAAAUUUCUAUUCAGCAAGUCCAAGAUGCCGACAUCGUUCUUAUGUCAUGGAGCGUCCUGGCAAAUGAUACUUACUAUAACCGACUUCAAAGAUUUACCGGCACACCCAAAGCUCCUGCAAGAUCGGGCGGAGGAACAGGCCGAAAUUUCGAUAGCUGGUUCCACGACGCCAGCGCUUCCCUCCGGGAGUGUGUUGAAACUUUGAGUAAUGAGGGGCCUGAGGCGAUGCUCCAUAAAUUGGAGGCCAGACGUCACCGAGUUCAAGAGACACAGGCCGACUUCACAUACGUACCUUCGAAACGUCUCCGUGGCCAAGCGUUUGCCGAUGCGAAUGCCGCUCGUGACCACAAUGUGGUAGUACCAAAGGAAGAUUUGUCUUCCGAGUCCGACUCAGGAUAUGAGGAAUCUGAUCUCUCUGACGGCCGGCCAAAUAUGUGGAAGCGAAGACGCAGCGAAAAGCCACAAAACGGUCCGGGAGAAAAACGACGCAAUAGCAAAUCAACUGAACCAGCUGAAGCGUCCGUUGAUAACAAACAAGGACCUAAAACAAAAUCUGAACCAAAUGACCGCAAGGACUUCAAUAUCACAAAUGUCAAAGAACAAGACUGGCGCACUGUCAAAGCCGCUUUUGUCCACGCUUUCAGCUUCAAGCGUUUGGUAAUCGAUGAAUACACAUAUGCAGGCGAAGACCGACAGGUCUCCCUAUUAUCACUGCACGCACGCUCCAAAUGGAUCCUUUCCGGAACACCGGCUCUCGAUGACUUUGCCGACAUCAAGAGUAUUGCGCGUUAUCUUGGUCUUCACCUUGGCGUGGACGAUGAUGGCGAUCGUGCCACAAAGAACAAGAGACUGCGAACUAUUCGAAAGAAUCACACAGCUGUUGAGGCAUUCCAGAUGUAUCAGGUCCCUCACAGCAAUGCAUGGUACAAGAACCGCCGACUGCACGCUCAAAAAUUCCUGGAUAGGUUUGCACGUCAAAACAUGGCAAAGAUCAAACGCAUUGAGUUGAUAACGAACCUUGACAUCAUCGGCCAAAUACCCACCGAAAAGGCGGCGUACAACACGUUGUUCCAAGCAUUCAAGGAAAGCAAGAAGCGCAUCGACGGUCCCUUGGAUAACAUCUUGUCCAAGAGUCAAUACCCUGAAGAGGCCCUCAUUACGUCCUGCACAACGUCUCAAAUCGGGAAGGCACCCUGGAAUAUCGAAAAAUGUCGCAAAGGAUCGUCCAACAACAAAACAAAAUCCACCGAGAUUUGGGAAAAGAUACGCUUGGUGUGCCGACAGGCAAUUAUUCUUUGGUAUCGUCAAACCACCACUCCAGAAGGCUGGGAAGAAUGCAUGGUCGGCGUCUUGAAGGGUAAAUUCGGCGACACCGGUUUCGUGAAUGCAUUAACCUCUCUUUUGACGGAUUGUUUUACAUCACACGAGGAAUGGAUUGAAUCAAACUCGCGAGAGUACAAAAAGCUCGGUGACCGGGUUGACGAAAGAGUACAAAAGGCCCUAAAAGCAGAUAAUGCCACCGCAGCCAAAGCGAAGCUUCCAACAAAUAUCACAGAAACCGAAGAACCCUUCGAAGAAACCCAGCAGCCGCCAUCAAAACGUGUGAAGAGGUCCGCGCAAGGGCCCUCCAACAGGGGCACACAGAUUGUGGCAGCUGUUAACAAAACCCUGACUACCGAAAUCAUCUCUCUUCUAAAGCAAGUCGGCGAGAUCGAUCGUGAACAUCGCUUCUACGAAGCUCUUUUGACCAUUCAAACCAACACAACUACACCUUGUCAAAACUGCAAAGAAGAUGUUCCCAACAAGGAUGAUCUCAACACCCUCAAAUCCUGUGGCCAUAUCCUAUGCGGAAAAUGUGUGACAAUGGCCAAAAAAGACAGGUCCUGUGUCAUCAGCGACUGCGACGGCCAGGUUGUGCAAUCCAAGAUCGUCCCCGGUACUUCUCUAGUCAACGAAGACCAAGCAACCAACAGCUCCAAGCUCAACAGACUUGUUCAAAUAAUACGCAACAUUCCACAGGACGAACUCGCCCUGAUCUUCGUGCAGAUAGGCCACCUGAUGCCCGUUGCCUCAGACGCCCUUAAAGCCGCGAAUAUCGACCACCGCAUGGUCACUUCGAGCAGCUUGAAGGUGAUCACUGAAUUCAUCGAAGGUCCCAAACCGAAGAAGGGCCAGACACAAGUACCACCACGUCCCAAGGCUUUGAUCUUGAAUCUCGGAAGCUCAAUGGCUGCCGGAUUGAACCUCCAAUGCGCAAACCAUGUCAUCUUCUUGUCGCCACUCUUCGUCUCGACUCAGCACGACUGGGAAGCCGGCAUGACCCAGGCUAUUGGCCGUGCUCGACGCUACGGCCAGCAACGAGAUGUUCAUGUCUACCAUCUGCUUGUGAAAAAUACAUGCGAAAUCAACAUCUUCCAAAAGCGUCACACGAGCAAACUUGUCGAUCGCAGCGGUGUCCCGACUUUGUUGCCCGAAGACCAGGUUCUUCUAGAAGACGAUACCCUGCUCGAAGGAGAAUAUUUACCCGAUGAUGUCGCUGGAUGA